ACUCUGACAGCUGUUUCUGACCUGACUCCUGUACAACUGUACACCUGUACUGGCAAAGUGAAACUUUUGUAGACAAAAAGGAAAAUCAGUUAAAUAAAAAAUGAAACCGCUUUAAAAUCAGCGUAUAAUUGAAAAAAAAAACGACAUUCCAAAGUAUAUAAAUUUGAAUACGAUCUAUUGGACCAAAAUAUCGAUAUCUCCGAUACUAUCGGGAUGAAUUUGUCGAUGGCAAUAUAUCGGCCACAGUAUAUCGAUAUAUCAAAAAUAUAAUCUCUAUUUAUUGAAAGUUGAAACUUGAAAGUGAGGUUAACAUUUUAUCUCUUACAUUAUGGAAAUUUAAUUAUGUUUUACAUGAUAAAAGUAUCUGAUCAUAGAAAUAAAAGAAAGCUUGAUUUGAAAUCAUUUCUCAGGUAUCUGAAACAAGGAACCGCUUUGUAUUAACCUAUAUGGAUUAUGACUACUCCACGUAAGAGACGAGAAAAAUCACCUACAGUUCCUGGUUUUAAUAAACGGGAAAUCUUUCCUUUGGGACUGAGCUUGAAGAGCGUAAACCCUGCCUUUUACUAUUCAAAUUUUUAUGCCAGUCAAUCUGAUGAAUACGAUUCAGAUGUUCCACAAAAAGAGAGAGUACCUUUGGUGACUAAUCUCAAGAAACAACAUUUAAAAGUAGUGAAACGCAACGAGGACUCGCACCAGUGGAAGACAAGCAUCAGCGAAAGUGAACGGCUACAGGUGAACGACUGGACUGACAACGUUUCCAAAACGCUACAACAAUUAAGUGCGACAAGAAUAAAUAGUCGGAAACAAGGGGAAGGAGAAAGCAGAGUAGUUCUGCCUUGUGUUGAAUCGUACUAUUCGGAAGCGAACGACACUGACUACUGCAGUAGUAAGGCGAAAGAGAGGAAGAGGAAAAGGAAGGAAAAUAGUGGGGCAGUGGGGGAUUGCGAAAGUGUGAUUGGGGGUAGAAAGAAGGAGAAGAAAAAGAAGAGGGGUGAAGUGGAAAGUGCUACUGAUUGUGAAAGCACAACAAUUGUGAGUGAGAAGGAGAGGGAAAAAGAGAACGAAGAAGGAGGAGAGGGAUCAGUGUAUUAUGAUAGUGGAUUGAGUGUCAGUAGUGUGGGGGAGAAGAAGAAGAAGAAGAAGGAGAAGAGGGAAGGAUUCGGUUGUUCAAGUGAUAAUCUGACUGAAAGUGAGUGUGAAGUCAGAAUCGGGGAGGAUAAGGGAGUAAGAAUGAAGAGGCAAAGGGAGAGUGGCAGCGAAGAUGGUGGGGGAAGGAAUUCGGAUAAACGAAGUAAGAAAGAGAAGCGCCAAAGUGAGACAGAGGAAGAACUCAGCAGCAGAGUGGCGUCCAAGAAGAGUGUGAUGGAGAAUAUAGUGAAAAUCGGUGGUAAGGAUAAGAGAAGGGGAAGUGCUGGGAGAACUGUGGAAAGUCCGGAUUCCGAUGAUGAUUUCAAAGAAGAUCUACGGAAAAAGCGGGAAAGUUUUUUGAAAAUGGUGGUGACAAAAAGAGGUGAGAAGAGUCACUCUAUGUCGGGUAAAUCAGGUAAAUCUCCGAUUAAGAAAGCUUCGGUUAAUGAGAAGAGUAACUCCAGUGAUAGCGACUCAGAGGACAAGAGAGUGAAUGAGUCUUCAACUGGUUCAAACAAAUUACAAAAUGUUACAAAUUUGAAAACAGUUACUUCAAGUUUGAAAAAAACAUCCAAUCAUGAAAUGAUGUCGCAGGAUAUGUUUGAAGCAGAUAGUGAUGACAGAAAUAACGAGGUUGAAAAUAAUAGUGACUCCAGUGAAAGUGUGAAAAAUAACGGUGACAAAUCGAGGAACGGUGAUUCAGAUAGUGACGACCGUCAGGGGAAAACUAAUUCGAGAAGUAACAGUGACGAGAGGAGGAGGAACAGUGACUCUGAUAGUAGUAGUAAAAUUCAGGAAAAAUCCAAAGUUUCUAACAAGUGUUCAAUAUCUAAGCAGGGUGAUACAGCUCCAAAACAAGUGACAAAAACUUCUAAAAAUGAUGGUUCAAAGUCUAAAUCACCAGAAAAACAUUUGAAUCCUAAGAAAACUGAUUCCCUGUUGAACUCUAGUGAAAUUUUGUCGAAUUUCGAAGUGAAUUCUCAAGAACUUUUCAAAACUCCCAGUCAUAAGAAAAAAAAUGCUACUUCUACUCCGUUCCACUCUCAAGCAGCUCGUCAGGAUUUGGAACAGACUAUGGACAUGUCUGCGAUCAGUAACCGGUUAAAUAACAGUUCCAGAGCUGACAAGAGUGGUUCUUCUUCAGAUAGUGAUGAGGAGGGGUCUACAAUAAUUACGGAGAACAACCAGUCAUAUACCCAGACGAUCAUACCUAAACUUUGGAAGCGGAUUGAGAAAAAGCUGAGCGAAGGAAUUAAAGAGGAAUACUUUGAGGAAGAUGUGUUCUAUCUUGAAGAUUUAUCCGAUAAUGAUGAAGUUUGGGUAGCUCCUUGUCCAAAAUCUUUGGAUGUCAGCAGUCUGUUGGGUCGGAAACUGAACUUGACCGGGCGCACAGAUUUGAAAGCGUUGCAAGCGAAGGACGGCGCGUCGUACAUGGACUGCGAGGCAUGGGCUUCUCCUAUUGAGCACAACGAAAAUGUUGUCUACUGUCUACAGGCCAGCAAGAAUCGCAAGAAGAUGAUCAUAAAUCCGUUAAAAUUAGCUGGCCGAGUUUCAAUAGAGGAGAAAAUUCGAAUGCCUUCGCCACACGAGGUGGAAUUCUCAACCACCAUGAAACUUGUGAUGCCCGAGAAUCUCAAAGUUAGGCAUCCUCUCUUAGGAGCUGAGUUCAAAAACCAACCAAAGACCUUCAAUUCUGACGACGUUAGUUCACCAAGAGUUAAGAAGAAGAAGAAGAAAUCUAAGAACUUGGAACAUGAGUCAGACAUUAUUAUCCAGAAUCCUACUUCUUCCAUCAACUAUACUUCAACAAUUGAAGAGAAGUGUGACGAAUCAAUGGAGAGGAAAAAGAAUAAGAAAAAGAAGAGUAGGGAUAACGAAAGUGCUGAAGGACAAGCAGAUAUGUCUUCAUAUUCGCAUAAAUCUGGAGAUACCUCAAACCUGAGUGAAGGAGAGAAGAAGAAAAGAAAGAAGGACAAGAAACGAUCAAGGGAAGAAGCGGACGAAGAACCUAGUUUACAAGAAGAUGUUCCUUGUGAAGAAUCUUCAGAGCAUAGCAGCAAAAAGAAAAAGAAGAAGAAAAGAAGACUUGAUGAGUAGUAGUGUAGUAAUGUGACACUCUCUAGCUAGUCUACAUUCUAUAGAUAUCAUCUUAAUUUCUAAUACUAUUUUAUUGUUCAAGUAAUAUUGAUUUUUAUAUUAUAUUAUAUUGAUUUUUAUAUUAUUUUCGUUGAUUAGUUCAGUGUCGUAUUUGAUGACACUAAUUUUCAAUAAUGUAAUUAUUGUCUCAAGUUUUAAGUCGAUCUUCUAUUUUCUUAUUGUUUAUAUUGGGAGUUUAAAGAUGAUAAUAAUUAUUUAAUUUUAAUACCGGUAUUUGAUUAGCUCUUUUAAUUCAAGAACAACUGGCUUUACUUGAUGAGGUGUUUGAGUAGUAACUACUGUAGGCCUACUUUUAUUGCAAGUAACUUUUAUUGAUACUAAUUCUGUAACAAUAGUUUUUAAGAAGAUCCCAACAGACUGAUUGUAUGUAAUAAAUAGUAUCAGUAAAACUUGAUGUAAAUAAAUAAGUGAUAACUAUUUAUUUAUCCAAUUAGCCUAUGUUUUUGUAUUUAUGUAAAUAAUAAACACCUUGGAAUUAUGUA